AUGGCCGAAUUCGUCGACCCGAGGAUGACCAACAUCAAGCCUCGCAUCCGCUACAACACCAUCGGAGGUAUCAAUGGUCCGCUGGUCGUCCUUGAUAACGUCAAAUUCCCCCGAUACAAUGAAAUCGUCUCUUUGACUCUUCCCGACGGGACAGAGCGGUCGGGUCAGGUUUUCGAGGGUACUUCGGGCAUCGAUGUUAAAAAGACCAAAGUCGAGUUCACCGGCCACAGCUUGAAGCUCGGUGUGUCCGAGGACAUGCUGGGUCGUGUCUUUGAUGGAUCGGGCCGUGCUAUAGACAAGGGUCCCAAGGUUCUGGCGGAAGAUUACCUGGAUAUUAACGGUCAACCUAUUAACCCCUACUCGCGAGUCUACCCCGAGGAAAUGAUCUCAACCGGUAUCUCCGCCAUUGAUACGAUGAACUCGAUCGCCAGAGGCCAGAAGAUCCCCAUCUUCUCUGCGGCAGGUCUUCCACACAACGAGAUUGCCGCUCAGAUUUGUCGCCAGGCCGGUCUGGUCAAGAAGCCCACCAAGGACGUCCAUGACGGGCAUGAAGAGAAUUUCUCGAUCGUUUUCGCAGCUAUGGGUGUGAACAUGGAAACGGCCCGUUUCUUUACCCGGGAUUUCGAGGAGAAUGGCAGUAUGGAGCGUGUCACCCUCUUCCUCAACUUGGCCAACGAUCCUACGAUCGAGCGUAUUAUUACUCCUCGUCUUGCCUUGACCACUGCCGAGUACUAUGCCUACCAGCUCGAGAAGCACGUCCUGGUCAUCAUGACUGAUUUGUCGGCUUACUGUGAUGCCCUUCGAGAGGUUUCCGCUGCACGAGAAGAAGUCCCUGGUCGUCGUGGUUACCCCGGUUACAUGUACACUGACUUGUCGACCAUUUACGAGCGUGCUGGUCGUGUUGAGGGCCGUAAUGGAUCUAUCACUCAGAUUCCUAUCCUUACGAUGCCUAACGAUGAUAUCACCCACCCCAUUCCCGACUUGACAGGCUAUAUUACCGAAGGACAGAUCUUCGUCGAUCGUCAACUGUACAACAAGGGUGUCAACCCGCCGAUUAACGUCCUUCCUUCUCUAUCACGUCUCAUGAAAUCUGCUAUCGGCGAGGGCCGUACUCGCAAAGACCACUCCGAUGUGUCCAAUCAGCUGUACGCCAAGUACGCUAUUGGACGAGAUGCCGCCGCCAUGAAAGCAGUCGUCGGUGAGGAAGCCCUUUCGUCAGAGGACAAGCUCUCCCUCGAGUUCCUGGACAAGUUCGAGCGCACCUUCAUCAGCCAAGGUCCCUACGAAUCGCGAACCAUCUUCGAGUCCCUGGACAUCGCCUGGAAUCUGCUCCGCAUCUACCCCAAGGAACUGCUCAACCGUAUCCCCAAGCGCACUCUGGACGAGUUCUACGCCCGCUCCGCACGCAAGCUGCCGGCCAAGGACACAAGAGACAACUCCGCGGAGAACGUGGGCGCUGCUCCUCUCAUCGAGACCUAA